AACCAGCUCUUCUCGGGCCUGGACCACCACGCGCUGGCGGGACGCCUGCUCACCGAGACCCUCAACACCAGCCAGUACACCUACGAGAUCGCCCCGGUGUUUGUGCUGAUGGAGGAGGUGGUGCUGGCCAAGCUGCGAGAGCUGGUGGGCUGGAAAAGCGGCGACGGCAUCUUCUGCCCCGGGGGCUCCAUCUCCAACAUGUAUGCCAUGAACGUGGCCCGCUUCCAGCGCUUCCCGGAGAGCCGUCGGCAGGGCGGCCGGGUGCUGCCACGCCUGGUGCUCUUUGCCUCGGAGGAGUGCCACUACUCCGUCCAGAAAGGAGCCGCCUUCCUGGGCAUCGGCACUGACAACGUCGUCCUGGUGCGUGCAGACGAGAGGGGGAAGAUGAUCCCCGAGGAGCUGGAGAAGGAGAUCGAGAGGGCGAAAAGUGAGGGUGCCGUGCCAUUCUUUGUCAGUGCCACCUCCGGCACCACCGUGCUGGGCGCCUUUGACCCGCUGGGCCCGGUGGCAGACGUGUGCCAGCGCCACGGCCUGUGGCUGCACGUGGACGCCGCCUGGGGUGGGAGCGCCCUGCUUUCCAGGAAGCAUCGGCACCUCCUGGCCGGCAUCGAGAGGGCUGACUCGGUGGCCUGGAACCCCCACAAGAUGCUGACGGUGGGGCUGCAGUGCUCGGCCUUCCUGCUCCGAGAUGACUCUGGGCUGCUGCAGCGCUGCCACGGGACAGGCGCCACGUACCUCUUCCAGACUGACAAAUUCUACGACGUGACGUUCGACACCGGGGACAAGACGGUGCAGUGCGGCCGCCGCGUCGACUGCUUCAAGCUCUGGCUGCUCUGGAAGGCGGUGGGGACCGAAGGGCUGGAGCAGCGCGUGGACAGAGCCUUCGCCUGCACCCGCUACUUGGCCGCGGAGGUGAAGAGACGGGACGGCUUCCAGCUGGUGCUGGAGCCCGAAUUCCUCAACCUCUGCUUCUGGUUUGUGCCUCCCAGCCUGCGGGGCCAACAGGGCUGCGCUGAUUUCGGGCCGCGUUUGGGGAAGGUGGCCCCCGCCAUCAAGGAGAGGAUGAUGAAGGAGGGCUCCAUGAUGGUGGGCUACCAGCCCCACGGCGCCAGGCCCAACUUCUUCCGGCAGAUCGUCACCAGCCCUGCUGUCACCAGGGCUGACCUCGACUUCUUCCUGGAUGAGAUCGAGCGGCUCGGACGUGACCUGUAGGGCCCCCCUUGUCCCCCUCCCCAGCAAUGUGGGGACACCGGGGACCGAAGACACUCCCACGUGCUGCACACUGCAGCUCAAUAAACACUGAAAUGGGUGAAACAAA